AUGGAGAAAUCUUUGCACAUUCCAUUGCGGCAAUCGCCCAACCCACGUACCCCCACCUGGAAAUCAUGGUUUGGCGCUGUUUGCGUCUCGGCGCUCGUGCUUAGUGCCCUUCGCACGUGGUCGCCGACAACCACAGGGAAGCUAGAACGCGUUCAGAAAUGUGCCAUCAAGAACCUUCAUCGCAACACGUCGUUCCUUGACGUCCAACCAAUCAAGUCCGAUGAGUUCAUUGAGCGACGUGAUAGGCUGGCCAAGGCACUGGUUGCCGAUGGCGUUGACGCUUUUGUGCUAGAGCCUGGCUAUACUUUCCAGUAUUACGGAAACAUUUCCCAGCAGGACUGGGAACCAUGGGAGCCCGAAGAACGACCUUUUCUCAUGCUCAUCCUCCCACAGACAUCUCCAACCGGUGAGAUUGUCGCCAAGACGUCUUUCCUGGCACCCCAUUUUGAAGAAGGUCGCGUCCGCAUGCUGGGUAUCCCGUCACGGGACGAGAGGCUUGAUAUCGUCAUUUGGGAGGAGCAUUGGAACCCAUACAAGACCCUGAUGGAAUCACACCUCUUCCACGAUUCCAAAACUCCUACAGGCAAACCUACACCCAAACCAAAACUUAUGAUGGAUGAGGAGAUCCGUGACUUUAUCGUACGCGGUCUAGACUCGGCUGGAUUCGAGACUGUCGCUCUAGGUCCACAAGCCGAUCUUGUUCGUCAGCUGAAGAGUCCCGCCGAGGUCUCCCUCCUACGGGCUGUCAACACUGGGACCGUCGAAGCCGUACGUGCCAUGCGGCCCUGUCUCGAGCUUGGUCUGACCGAAGACGAAGUACGCGACAUCCUCGAUGCCUCUCUGCUCUCUAUCGGCUUCAGUCUAUUUUUCAACAUUGUGCUGUUUGAAGAGCACGGUGCCCUCCCUCACGGCGGUUUCGUCACAGGAUGGAAAAAGGUCACACCCGAGUCCAUGAUUGUCAUCGACGUUGGCGCCCACUACCUAGGCUACAGUUCUGACAUUUGCCGAAGCUUCUUCAUCGACCCGCCCAAGUCCGCAUCGUUCCGAACCAAGGCCGCAGAGGCAGUAGGAUGGACCUCUCGAGGACGCACUGUCAACGACAACCUCCGCGCGGAAAAGAACCACGUCUGGGAUGUAGUCUUUGCAGCACAGACAGCGGCCGCCCAUGCUUUCAAGGCCAACGGCACAGCCGCAGAUGUCGACAUUGCAGCUCGCACCGUCAUCGAAGAUGCAGGAUACGGCGACGCUUUUACACACCGCCUGGGUCAUGGCAUCGGUAUCAAGGCUCAUGAGCCGCCUUACCUCAACAAGUGGAACACGGGAGCGAUUCUAAAGCCUGGCAUGACAUUUACCAAUGAGCCAGGCAUUUACCUCGAAAACAGAUUUGGCGUUAGGCAUGAGGACAUUUACCUUGUCAAGGAGGAUGGAGAGGCCGAGUUGUUGACGGGUAGGCGGGCUCGUGGGCCGUAUGAUCCGUAAUAAUUGUGACUUUGAGGGUUCCCGUAAAGUGACUGCAAGGUCGACGGGUAUAGUAGCUCCCUGAAAAGGAUGACUCAAACAUACAAUGCAACGCGCACUAGCACUAGCAUGGCUGCACAGGCUGCGCUGCACCACUCACGCCUGCACAAGCCUCAUCAUGCAUCAAUCUCUAUUUGAGCCGAUAAGAGACGUGACUCGUGGCUUAUAAUUGACAAAAAUAGACACGAAGUUUGCUCCAAAUGUCCCAUGUCAGUUUUUCUUACUUGUCUAAUAUGCUUCUACAAUCGACGACGGAUCCAUG